CGGAACUUGUUGAUCGUUGAUCCCCCCAACGUGGAUUUCGCCAUGAUACCCUGCACCCUGGCACCCUGGUCCAUCGUUACCCGAGUCCACUAGUCGGUAGUAGCAUCGCUCGUAUUAACCCGCUCUUGUCUUUUCUUGUCAAAGCCGUCUUUUUCCACCCUCUCCUCCUUCCUCCGCUGUGUACGCCGGCAACAUCACCACUGCGGCCACCUUCAAGCUUUCCUUCCUUUCGACAGCUUGACCUACGGCACCACCAGCGGCAAUAUUUGCAGACCUGUACCCAUAACCCGACUUAUGACCAGAUAGAGACUCUUAACAGCUGAGCACCUUUUAAUUCUGUCCCACAACCUCCCACCACCCGCGAUACUACUCGUGUACUGUGUGGACCGUCGCGACUGCAUUCACCUCGCCUUUGCAGUCCAUCUGAACCGAUCCCCCCUCCUCGCCUUUGAACUGGAGCUGCGAAAAUUACGACAUCCUACAUCACCUGCCUCUUCACUGAGUCGGCUGCCGUCACGAGAGAUUCACUCGCCGCAGUUCUUUCUCCCAAAACACCCUGACCCAAGCCUCGAUGCAAUAAAACCUUUCGAACGGACCUCUGUCGUCGCUACUCGGUCUCAUCCCUUCUUCACAUGCUGGCAGAACAGAAGAACAUCCAAUGAGGAAAUAACGGUUGGAAGAACUAUUGCCACAGGCUCAACCACGAAAAAAGAUGCUCGCCAGAAGUCGACCUGAUUCUCAUCAGGUCAUAUUCUUCCUCUGGGCCAUUUCAAUAGCGUCGCUACUAACACGGACACAUGGCCUAGCCAUCUCCUACUGCUCACCGGAGAACAAUGCAGGCUCGUACCCUAGCUACUAUAGCCUGUACAUGUCGAAUGGGUUAUGCCAGGGUCACUGUCAAGGAUCCUACGCCUUUGCCGUCAUCCAGGGCUACAAUUGCUGGUGUUCAAAUUAUGUCCCUGCUGACCAGGAAAGCACAUACGACUGCAAUCAACAAUGUCCAGGGUUUGGUUCGGAAUGGUGUGGCUCCACGGACGCUGGCCUAUAUGGAUACUACCUCUUGAGUCCAGGAGUCCCUCUCGGCACCUCUGGAAGUUCUGGCAGCAGCACACCAUCCACAACCUCCUCUCCGUCGGUUAGUACCUCCCAAUUUGACUCCGGAUCAUCCUCCACUUCCACGUCUGAUGCUCCGGAAACUACUUUCCUUCCUUCUUCAUCUUCAUCCUUUUCUCCAGUGGUAACCGUGGGAUCCUCUCAGAGUUCCGACGAGGCUAGCUCUGUGACUUAUACCACAUCAAGCGCUGCCUUGACGAUCUCGUCAAGCUCAACGAGCUCCCCUACUCCAUCUGACACAUCGUCUUCGACCUACAUCCCUCCGACCACAUCAUCCGAUACUCCAACUACCAGCCCGACUCUGGCCCCAAAUCCCACCCCCAGCGAAGUCUACACCAGUGUCACUACCGUCACCGGCGAAGUGCGAACGAUACUGGUAACUCCCACCCCUGCGGCCUCUUCAGAUGCCACUUUGGGCCAAUCUGCUACUGGUGGCGGCGGCGGUGUUAGUGCCGGAAAGGUGGCCGGCAUUGUUGUCGGCUCGGCAUUGGGGGCCGGUGCCCUGAUAGGUGCAGCAGUAUACAUAUGGGUGCGCCGGCGGCAAAGGAGACAGAGCACGGAUGGCCGACCUGAGACAUCCUUUAUUCCUCGCACCGGCGAUACCUCUCCUUCGAACAAUAUUCCAUCCCGACAAGUUAGUCAGUUGUCGUCUUCAGGGUUGCUUGGGAAUAAGGUCCCUCGCAUCAACACUGCCGGUAUGACGAACGGCAGUGAUCCCAGAAGUGCGGAUACGGGAUCUGCAGGGUUUGAUCGACGAAGUCUGGCUACUGACCAGAGAUUGAAUCCAUACGCCCUGUACAUUCACGACGAGGGCCAUGUGAGCAAUGUCUCACUCCAGGAUAACCAGGACUACUCAAGGCAAUUACGGGUGGCCAAUCCAGAUCCAUGAACAGUUAUACCGAGUCGAAAUUGAAACUUCGCUAAUGCUUAAUCGUGCUCGAGAAAUCGCGAAGCAUAGAAACCCUCGCACCGAGACAGUCGAACACGACUAAAACAAGAGAGAGUCGCCAGUACUUGGGUUGUCGACUAUCUUGAGUCUCAAAACCGAAUCAAGCGUGGAACAAAACUUUCCCGCUUCAAUGGAAUGAUCUUAUGAUGAGACGUCCUUUCUUUCUGAACAGCAACAAUUGAGAUAUCCGCAUUUUCCAUCUGGCAUAGGAGACGCAUCCUGCCAGAAAAUUGUACAUUUAGCAUACGACAAGGGAGGGGUGCAUUGCCACAGGAUGUGCUGGCAGGAUUUUGUCUUCAGCACGGACAUGGCGUUCGAUAUACAAGGAAAACAGGCGAUCUUGGUGCAGUACAGGAGACUCAUGGCAAUGGGAGUCGCCGGAAUGGCCACUGUCACUGAAGGAAAUGACAUAAUGAACAUUGACUGAGUCACAACUGUACAGGGCUCGGUAGCGUAUGAGGUGGUCUCGACGGUUUUGAAUGAGACCGAAGAUGCAGAGCUAUUAUAGACAAAGACAGAAGUUUGCUCGCCCACCCUUUGAUGAGGAUAAUGAUUUGCUGUCGAGUUGGCGCCCAAAAAAGGUGGCAGUGGACAAUAAGGCUGGAGGCAGUGAUGUGACAUGCUUGACACUGG